AUGGCGUCCGCAGCGCAUGCCUCAAGUCUCGACCACAACAUCACCGUAAAGGUGAUGUUCGAGGGCAUCACCCGCCGCACCAAGAUGCCCCUUCGAGAUAUGAUCCCAGGACCUCUUGAAGCUAACAUCCGUAAUUUCUUGCAUAUCCCUGCAGACGCCGAGGUCGCAUUUGAGCGAUACUCAGACUCUGCAGCUUCUUUUGUUCUUCUAGAACUAGGAAACAUUCCCAUUUACAAGCAGCUCUACCGCGCUGCCAAGGCGAAGUCCAAGCUCAAGAUCCGCGUUACUGUAAAGGAGCAGCCUAAGACUACAGUACCCAAACCUGUUAGUGUCGAGGAUGAGCCCGAGUCUUCCGCAUCGGCUCCAGCUCCUGUCAAUCUAGAUGAGCCUCCCCGAGAGAUUGUUGAGGCCGCAGAGGAGGCUAGCCCGGCUCCUACACCCGCCGCUGAGGCCCCUGCGCCAACUCCAGCAUCAGAUUUCACGCCGCCUGAGACGACUCUUCCCGUCCGCAUCAACUCUUUGUCCCGCACCUACAACGCGGCUGACCUCAACGGCGCGGCAAGAUAUAUCGGAGAACGACAAGACUUCCGCAAGGAGUUUGAGAGCCGACUUGCUAGCUUGAUGGACCGGACAUCAACGCCACUGACUUCGCCCUCAUCCUUCAACCUUACCAAGGAGCAGCAACAAACCUGCUAUCUUCCCAGGCCUCCUGCGCCGCCGGCCUUCCCUUGUCCCAUCCUAUGCCCUACAACUGGCACUAGCUUUGCUGUCUGCUGUAACAGCUGCGAGAAGAACAUUCCCAAUGUUCAUUAUCAUUGCUCCACCUGCGACGACGGGGACUUUGAUCUCUGUCAGUCUUGCGUAGACCAAGGUAUUACCUGCCAUGGCCGAGACCACUGGUUGAUUAAGCGAUCAACUGUCGACGGACUGCUGGUUCAGAGCACCACUGAGACAAUCGCGCCCAAGCCCAAGCCCGAGGUCAAGGUCGAGACUAUCGUGGAGACCAAGAUUGAGCCCAAGACUCAACAUGUGCCACUCCCCAAAGCUCUCUCCGAGCCACUCCCUGCUUCUUCCGCAUUGCCUGGCAUUAUGCGAACAUGCAACUGCUGUGUACAAGUAUCAGAACACCCCGAGGCCGAGUUCCUCCAUUGCUGUGUGUGUGAGGACUUUGAUCUUUGCCAGUCAUGCUUUGCUAAGGACUCUCAUGGCCACCACCCCAAGCAUAGUUUCGCCACUGCUGUGAAGGGAACCAAGAUGCCUGGCCACAUCGAAGUCAAGAUGAGCCCUGGACGCAACCACAUGCAUCACGCUAUUUGCGAUGGCUGUGACCAGAACAUCUUUGGCGUUCGCCACAAGUGUCUCGAUUGCCCUGAUUGGGACUACUGUGCCAACUGCAUCAAGACUGUCAGGAUCAGCCACCCUGGCCACCGAUUUGCGCCCAUCUACGAGUCUCUCACGGAUGUUCGCUUCCGCGCUCCAGCAGCCGUUCAUGUUGGCAUCUGCUGUGAUGGACCUCUUUGCAAUGGACGCAACGCUUAUCCUUCCUACAUUCGUGGCACCCGAUACAAGUGCGCGAUCUGCAACGACUUGGAUUUCUGCGCCAACUGCGAGGCUAGCCCUGAUAACAAGCACAACAAGACUCACCCCUUGAUUCAGUUCAAGACUCCUGUCCGUGCUGUCAGUGUCACGAGCACUGGCGAGACACCUGAGGGUAUGCGCAUGCCUGAAAUGGGUGAUCGUCAGACUAUUUCUAAGGCUACCGAGACUAUGCCUGCGGUUCGCAGCAACUCUAUCAACGCUGUCCGCACUAUUGUUGAUGUUAAGCCUUCCGAGCCUGCUCCUGCCAAGGUGACGGUUAAGAAGCCUGAGCCGGAGAUUAAGAAGGAAGCUUCUCCCACCCCACCCCCUGGGCCUGAACUGAAGGGUGUUUUCGUCCGUGAGACCAUUCCCGAUGGCACUAUCCUACCUCCCAAUCACAACUUUCAGCAGACAUGGACCCUUCGCAAUGAGGGUAAUGAAAACUGGCCCGCUGGCUGCUCUGUCAGGUUUGUCAGUGGUGACUACAUGGGACAUGUAGACUCCAACCAUCCCGCUGGCAUCUCCGAGCUCAUGUCGGCUUCGGAAUCUACUGUAUGCUAUGCUCCUCUUGGUCCCGGCCAAGAGUUCCCCUUCACUGUUCUGCUCCGAACACCCGCUCGCCCUGGUAAGGUCAUCUCUUACUGGCGCCUGACAACCCCCAGUGGUGAGAAGUUCGGCCACCGACUGUGGUGCGAUGUCAACGUCCGUGUUGUUAAGGAGGAACCCAAGGCCAAGCCUGAGCCCGAGGUUAAGGAGGAGGAUACCACACCCGUCGAGGAGGCCAAGCAGGAAGAUGAGAGCCAAGCCUCUAGCCAAAUGAUCUUCCCCAAGCUGGAGAAGGAGUCACCUAUGGCCAGCAUCCACGAGGCUGCUGUUCCUGUGCCUGUCGAGGAGCCCAAGGAGUCCGUUAACAUCGAUGACGAGUGGGACUGCUCUGAGGAGGGUUUCAUGACAGACGAGGAGUACGACAUUCUGGAUGCGUCUGACGAAGAGUAUCUGGAGGAGCAAAAGAAGAGACUUGCCACCAAAUAA